AUGGAAGACAGCACUUCAAGCGACACGGAAAGUUUCUGUUCGAGUGUUUGCCUCGGAAUGUCGGACUUUUAUCCAGAUUCCCUAUCAGCAGAUGAUGAUUCUCGUGGCUCUCCAGAUAUUCUGACUCAAGAUGGAAAGGUGUUACCUUACCAAUUUGAGCCAGAAUAUCGGGAAGAAGAGUUAAACACGAACACGGACUCAAAUACGGACAUGAGAGACAGUGGCAACGUUGAUGUUGGCAGACUUCAAGAUUUAUCUUGGUGUUCUUGUGGUCACUGUCAGAUCAUGCCAAAAGCCAACGAAUGCAUCUGCUGCCAGGAAAUCCCAGAAGUCAGUCAGAAGCUUGAAGAAAUCGGCGAAUGUGAUCAAGGGAAUGACAGGAGCAGCUGCAUUACAGAUACUGAUGCUCUCCGUGCUGUUUGCCUGAAUAAAUGGGUUCUGCAAACUGCAUUUUAUCAGUAUAGUGCCCAGUACAAUGAUCAUUAUGAAGGUCCACAGCAUAAAAAAAACAGGCAUGUUGCAUAUCGUCAGCUUGCCAGGUGGUGCUGGGGCUUUCUUGGUCGGGAGGUACGGGUUGUCCUGCCUGCUUGUGCUGUCUGUUGUAUCCGAGCACAUUUUCCUCCACCUGGAAAUGAAGAAGAUUUUGCAGCAUAUGAGUUUGUAGGGUUUAAAAGUUAA